CAAUUGAGCCGGUUGAGAGUGUCUACGCCCCGGAAAAUGUCUCCUCGGGUGUUGAUUGUGGUGGUCACUACUCUACUGAUGGUCAGCGUUCUGACGAAUGCUGCUGGCAGUUAUCCGAGGACAGUCCACAUCACCAAGCGCAGGUGUAUGACCCAGGUGUUACGGCAAAAGUGGAUAUGGAGGAGAGUGAGUGAACCGUGUCAGAGCUGGCGGAGCUCCGGAGCAGGACUCUACUCCAGGUGGAGUCGUGGCCAUGGCGAUUCCCGAAACUGGUGCUUUCGUCGCAUAAAGGUACUCGUGUCCCGGGUUAUCAGUUUCAUUCACUGCUGUCCGGGUUGGGCCAGUAAUUUUUGGGGCCGAUGUAAAAUCCGUGUCCCGCUGAACGAUUGCCAUGGCGGUUGCGAAAACAAUGGCACAUGUAUUGCUGCCACGGACACGUGUACAUGUUUGCCAGGGUUUUCGGGUGAACGAUGCGAACAAGCUCUGUGUAACCCGGGUUGUGAGAAUGGAGGCAUCUGCGUUGUCGUGAACGGAACCGCACAAUGUAAAUGUACACGAUCCUUCACGGGACCCGCCUGCGAUCAAGCUAUUUGUGAAGAAGGCUGUGAGAAUGGCGGGAACUGUUCGGCUAUUGGCACGACAGCCAUGUGUUGGUGUCGUCAAGGGUUUGUUGGGAAACGAUGCGAACAUGUUCUCAAGGAAGGGGACUGUCCUCCUAGGACGAUAGCUCACAACUGCUCGUUAGAGGCGGAGUGUGAGUUCGAUCAUCAAUGUGCCGGUCAGCGGAAAUGUUGUAAGAGACCAAAUUGUGGGACAGGGAUUUGUACGGAACCCGCUCCACGGGGCUGUCGCUUCAGAAAUGAAGUGAUCGGUUUAAGGGAGAAAUUCCGUCCAGAGCCUUGUAAAGUCUGCACUUGUUUGCACCCUGACCCCACGGAAGCCUACGGGGGAGCGAUCUGCACCAACAUCACAUGUCCGCGAAUUCCGUCCGGGUUCCGAAGGUGUAAGCGUCAGACAAGGGGAGAUAACCAGUGUUGUAAAGUUUGCAAAGAACCUGAAAACCAAAGACCUUCGAAUAUCACAGCCCCGGUUUUUGAGAACUGCCCUGAAGGUAUGAUUGUUGAUCUCCCCAAAACUGGAAGGACGGCAUUGGUUCCUCGAAAGCUGAAAGCCGUUGACAUGCAAGGACAGACGUUAGAAGUCCGUUACUCUAACCUGUCACUGACUUUUAACAGCAACAUAGACAAAAACCUUCAUCUGAUCCUAGCCACAGCCGCGGACCAGUGGGAACAGAUUAUCGAGUGUUCCUUUAUUGUCAGGAUUAAAGAUCCCCAUCCACCCGUAUUUAUAAACUGUCCGACUGAUGUAGGACCUUUACCUGGACCGACCGCUAGCUGGCCCCCCCCAACCGCCAGAGAUAACAUCGCUCUGCAGGCUGGGAGUCCUGAUAGUGACUUUACUCCUGGGCAAGCAUUCCCUGUGGGUAAAACCUUAGUCACCUACACUGCCGAGGAUCUGGAAGGAAAUGAGGAAAUGUGUCAGUUUUUCGUUACCAUUUUACCGCAACUAGCGACAACUGUUUCAUCAUCGGUUGGCGACGGAGACGCGAUGCGGAGCGGACAAAAGGAGAAAAGUGUCACCACAGAUCACACCCUCUUCAUAUACAUCGGACUGGGGAUUUUGGCACUUCUGCUUUUGCUAGGAAUGGGCUUGUUUUGUUUCCUCAGACGACGUCGCCGUUCACAGGAGACCGUGGUCUACACUUGUAAAGACGAGCCCCCGCCGCCCUACGCUGCUGUUGUCCAAAAACCCGCGCUGACUUAUUACAAAAAUAUGGCUGCACUUCAACCUACCGAUUCCUUUGACAACCCAAUUUAUUCGAGAGACGACGCGCAUGCCUACCAGCAACAAAACAGUGAGAACCACGUCACAGAUGUUGUGCGUUAAUGGUUAUACUGAUCGACCUUAAAGUGAAAUAAAAAAGGUUUGCUUUAAAAUCGGACAAAAAUGGUUCCAUGUGUCAUUAAAAUGAGAGCUUUUACAUGUGGUUAGACAUACUCCUGAUCACCGGAGUUCAAUCUGUUGUGUUUCUGCUUACCUGUCAGCUGGUGUGAAUAUAACAAAUAUCUGUUAUAUUCAUCCCAGCUGUCAGUAAGUGACAUGACCUUUGAUGAGGGUGGGGGUGUUGAGGUGAGUGAGAUGGGGGUGGUGUGGUGGGGUGCGGGUAGUGUGGAUCUAAGAAAUAGGGUACACGGGUUUUCCAUGGUGCUUAAUGUGCUGUGUUGAAGACAAAAUGAUGACUCUUGAUGGUCAAAAGACAGGUCUUUACUAGGACUAUACCCAUUUUCUUACUCCGACUCUUACUCUCAAUAAUUUCAAAAUGGAAUUGUCGUGGCAACUGUUCAAGCUAGAUUUUCUUAAGGAUUUAAGAAUAAGUAUUCUUAAGAAUACCAAAUUCUGUAAGCAUUCCGUUCUUUGUAUUCAUAACCAUGGUUUUAAAGGAAACAAUAUAUUGUUACAAUUAUUUUGUGAAUGAGAAAAUUUACCUUUCAUGCUAUAAAGUGCAUCUCGGAAUAUGACUUUGAUUUGUAUUAAUUGUAUAUUGAUUGUGUAUACAUAUAUUUAAUUUUGCGUUUGUGAUAUUCAGCUAAACCGGUAAUAACAAGAAACUCGACUUUUGUUUUGUUUAUAAUUUUUGCUAUAUAUGUCGUAACACACAAUUUGUACUAAUAAUGACGAGUAUAUCUGAUAUGAAAUGUAAAAAAACCCCUUUCAUAGAAUGGAACCAUGCAACCUUCUUCUGGAAAGGUGGUAACUUUAAAAUCACUUCAUCUUUCAACCUAAAAGCCAUUUACGCGUUUCUUUAAGUUGCAUACAGUUUUCUAAAAUAUCAUUAUGUCUCAUGUUUCCAGGGGUUAUUACUUAGUUUUAUGAAAAGAAUGUUAACGUUAUUUGCAUAGCACUGCAUUUGGCACGCUACAUCAUGUACUUUUUAAAAAUUAUAUACUGACUAAGGCCAUAUAAGUUUGAUAAUACAAUUAUGUUUCCAAAGAUAAACAAAAAAAAAUAACCUGUCUGUAUCUAAGGAGAAGUGUCUCUCCCUCCUGUUUACUGUUACAUUUAUGUGCUUUAUAUAUGUAAACUAUUUCUAUGUGGUAGACAAAGCUGUCAGAUACACAAAUGCAUGUACAACGCAAUAAGCAAGGCCCUUUUGUUAUGUUUACAUACAUUUGCUUGUUAUAUUUUCUACGUUAACCUUUAAAUUUGUAGGUAUUAUACCCUUUAUAGCAGUUUUAUUUUCGAGGUCUUUUGUUUAAGGUUUGUGUGUUUGUUAAUAUAUAUAGCUUUCAUGGCAUUUGCAUUCAGAUAUCACAUGUUUUCAACUCGCUAAAUGAUUUUUUAAGCUUGAUAAACUGCAACUCUAACCUGCAUGGGCAAAAACGCUGCAAUGUAAGAUGCCUUUGGAUGAAUUUGUUAAACAGUAUGUUGUGAAAUUUUACUGUUAUAAUUGCUACUCAUGUAAACGGAAGUUGUCAUCGUUAUUAAGAAAAGCAUGAAUGAUUUUUGUAGUAUUAUUCAUUUGAUGAUUGUAAAUAAACAUCUAAGCUUCCAACUUUUAGGAUUUUAGAAUUAAUUCAACAUUUUGUGAUGUUAUACUAAUCUUUUUGAAUAGUGUGUUUUGUUGUAUAGUUCUCAGUGAAACAAUCACUUUGCUGAUGUUCCAAGUCAAGUCAGACAUUAGAUUUAACGCUGAAAAUAUUUGUACUUCCUCGCCUGUCGUUAUCAACGUAAAAAAAUACACCAGGAGAUAGUCAAGCCGGUAUCAGUCUACCUUGCUUGAGUGUGGUGUCAUUUCUGGUGUCUUUGUCAUAGCGCUUCAGUACAGUUCCGUCGACAAAGGAAUUAUACCUUCAUGAUAGAAAUGGAAUAUUGCUAAAAUCUCAGUCAAAUUCCUAUGCAACAAAGAAACAAACAUUGCAAAUUUUGACAUUUUUGAACGUUUCAUGUAUAGGAAUCCAUUCUAUAUUAGCUUCAGGUCGUUACUUCAGCGGUCAGCACUGGAUAUUUUCAAAAUUAGCCAAUCAUUGUUAAGGUUUUCCGAAGAACGAGGCAAGAAUGAAACGUAUAAAAAUGAGACCAAUCUCAUGUAGUUAACCGAGGACUACUGGAAAA